AUGGGCAUUGGGCAACAAAGCACAGCCUGCCUCAGCAUGGGCACCGUGCAUAAGAAAAUCCUGUUAAAACAGCAGUUUAAACCACACCAGGUUAAUAUUACCAUUAACACAGGCCAGGCCCCUUGGUCAGCCCUGCCCAAGCCUUUCCAGCAUCCUGACUGUAUCUACACCCGCACAGCUUCCAGCCUGCACCUCGCAUCCCGCACCGUGCAUCCUGCACCCCACAUCCCGCACCCCAAACCCCGCAUCCCAAAUCCCACAUCACAAAUCCCGCACCCUGCAUCCUACAUCCCGCAUCGCGGACGGCGUGUGGGGCUGAGCCGCGCCUUUGGCUCCCGCCGUGCAAACACGGUCCGGUGCAGCCCGAGCGGCUCCAGCGGCCGUGGCUGUGCUUCCCCGGGCUCCAUUUCAGACAAUUGGCCUGGAUACAGUCUGGAUUUGUUCACUUAUCCUCAGCACUACUAUGGAGACCUGGAAUACGUGCUCAUUCCUCAUGGCAUUAUUGUUGACAGGACAGAACGACUGGCAAAAGAUAUUGUGCAAGACAUUGGAGACAAUGAUAUCGUGGUUCUCUGUGUCCUCAAAGGUGGCUACAAGUUCUGUGCUGAUCUUGUGGAGCACAUUAAAAAUCUUAGCAGAAAUUCAGAAAGGUUCAUCUCCAUGAAAGUCGAUUUUGUUAGACUGAAAAGUUACCACAAUGAUCAGUCUAUGCAAGAUAUGCAGAUAAUCGGUGGAGAUGAUCUUUCAAAGCUGACUGGCAAGAAUGUUCUAAUUGUGGAGGAUAUUGUUGGAACUGGAAGGACCAUGAAGGUUCUGCUUAACAAUAUAGAAAAGUACAAGCCAAAAAUGAUUAAAGUGGCAAGUUUGUUGGUGAAAAGAACAUCUCGACCUGAUGGGUACAGACCAGACUACUAUGGAUUUGAAAUUCCAGAUUUAUUUGUGGUAGGUUAUGCCUUAGACUACAAUGAGCACUUCAGAGACCUAAACCACAUAUGUGUUAUCAAUGAUCAUGGCAAAACAAAGUACAGAGUCUGAAGCAGUAACAUCCACACCUGAAUAUUUCUGUGAAGCAGAAAUUUGACUACACUCCCUCAAGCAUCUCCCAGAAAAUUGAUUCACCUGAAUUGUAUGUCUUUUAACUCAGUAUAAUAAGGGGUUUACUCUAGAGAUGCUUAUGAAUAUUUACAGAAAUGAGAGCUCUUAUCUAAAAUGUGAAGCAUAGGACUUCUACUGUUACUACCUUUAUUAAGUAUUAAAAUUGCCUCCUAAGAUGCCUUCUGACUAAUAAUUUUUCUGCCUUGGGUCUCGUUGUCAAUGCAUCUUUUCUUUGCUCAGUUCUUCUACGUGCAAUUCAUGUACUUCACUGUGUUGUACAAGAUAGCUCAAAACUGCCGUUCUGUGCUUGAGGAUUAUUUUACAAGAUUUUAUUGACUUCAUCCUGCCUUUAGUCUUGGUCAGAUAUGCUGCCACCAAAUUGAAAGCAUUAUUCUGAUUUAUUCCACAAUUCAAAAGUUUCAGCUGAAAUUCUGUGUUGUGUUGCAGUCCAUUACCCAUUCUUCCAAGCAAAGCUUUAGCUCCUAGAAUGUGCUAAAUUAGAGUGCAGGUCAAAAUGAACCUUUGCAAGACACUGUUGAUCCAAAAUUGGAAGAUAUCAUGGUUCUGGUGUGUCAUGUAGCCAUUGAUCUGACCUGUUUAAUGUGCUGAAUUUUAAUCAAGACCAGUGUCAGGCAGGUUUGAAUUUCUGCAUGGUAUCCCUUUCUUCUCUAGGACACAAGCAAGUAUAAAAAUUAACAGUGUUCUCCUUAAACCUCGUUAAGCACAAAAGUUUAAUGUUAGUCAGACAGUUAUUCAGUUAUGAUUCGAUUUUUGUAUCGUGUCAAAGUAGACUUUUUGUAGCCAUCUGUCAUGUUCAAGAAUACAGAUCUGACAAUGCUGAAGAAGUCUUGUGUAGAAAAAGAAAGAAAAAUGUAUAGGACAAUACAGAAAACCAGUUAAUGCAUGAGUGCUGUAGACUCCUUUAUAGAUCAUGUUUGAAGAAGUUUGUGAAUUUUACAUACUGUAUUAGCUGUGAAAAGUUUAAUUCUGCAUUGAAUGUAAGUGUUCUUAACAACUUCCCAAGGGAAACCAGUGCAAAGUAAGGAGCUGUGUGUCAGUUGCUUUGCUCUGAACUGUGAGAGGCAGAUUGUUACUAGCUGCAGAUUCCUAUG